AGGCCUGGGCGGGCGGAGGGAGACUGUGGAGACAGCCCGGAGCCGAGCGCAGAGCGCUGCGGGGUGCCACAGCCGCGAGGCUCCCACCGACGGGCGCAGCAGGAGCGAGUGGAGCCGGGAGGCGCGCUCCGGGUAGAAAGAGCCAAGCCCGGCGCCCGGACGCGCGAGCGCCCUCCCCGAGCCCCUGCUCCCGCGCCGCGCCCCUCGGCCAGCAUGAGGGUCCUGACGGCAGCGCUGCUCCUGCUGCUCCUGGCGCUGUGCGCCGCGCGCGUGGACGGGUCCAAAUGCAAGUGCUCCCGGAAGGGACCCAAGAUCCGCUACAGCGACGUGAAGAAGCUGGAAAUGAAGCCAAAGUACCCGCACUGCGAGGAGAAAAUGGUUAUCAUCACCACCAAGAGUGUGUCCAGGUACCGGGGUCAGGAGCACUGCCUGCACCCCAAGCUGCAGAGCACCAAGCGGUUCAUCAAGUGGUACAACGCCUGGAAUGAGAAGCGCAGAUUUCGUCACAAGCUGCUUUUUACCGAAGAGGGGAGAAACUCAUGCCUUUCCUUUAUUAAAAAAAAAAAGAAAAAAAUGCUUUUUUGUAUCUGUCCAGACAUCACUAUACAUCUGAGCUUUAUAAGCACCUAGGAGGAACAGGGAACUUGUUUGAGACAUUUCAUAGCAGCGUUGCUCCCUUCCUAGCGCGGGAAGCUUCCGCUCAGAGGUCCUGGCGCCUCGGCACAGCUGCCACAAGCUCUCCUGGGCUCAUGGUCGGUCACAGCCUCAGGGGGACUCAGCAGCGGUCCCAAUGGCCCCAGUUGUCGGGCAAGCAGAAGCAGAUCUCUCUGCAUCUGUUCUUUGAGGAACUCAAGUUUGGCUGCCACAGAAAUGUGCUUCAUCCCCGGGGUUAAUUUUUACACAUUCCAGGAAACAUUUCCAAGAUACUGGGAUGGCGAGGCAAAUAAAUGGUCCUUAAGGAAGGUCCUUAAGGAAUGGUCCUUGGGUCUUCUCUCCAACCUGAGCGUUUGUGAAAGUUUCACUGCUUCAAAACCACGUGGAGUUACUGAUGCUGUAGCGAAAAUCUUAGGAGAAAACUUAGAAAUAUACAAAUACACAUACAAUAUACAGCUACAGAUACACAUGCUGUUGACGAGGGAAAACCUUCAAAGCAUGUUUCUUUUCCUCAUGACAAUGGAACAUGCAGUACUAAAGCAAUCUGUGAUUCCCCACGUAAUUCUUCAGUGUUAAACAGUGCAGUCCUCCUUCGGUGCAGCCCUCUUUAAGAUGACCACACGCCUUUCCCUUUGUAAAUAUACUCUUAGGAAGGCCCCCUCUACACAUGUCCCUUCAGUAUGUGCCGUGUUGCAUAUCGUGGCGUAUGCUAUGUAAAUGUCAGAAACCGUUAGCAUUGCAUGCAGGUUUGAUAUUCUUUCUAAGACAAAAAGAAAAGUAAUAAAACAUAUUUGAAAUGUACCAAAA